CACGGCUCCCAGCUACCGGGAUGGGGUGAGAGGAGGAGAUCUGAGCUCCCAGCAGACGCAGCAUCCCCGAGCGAAAGGAGACGGAAGGGGCUUCGCUCCGUGAGGGAGGGGACGGAAAGGGGCUCCCUCAGCUCCUCCCAACAGGACUGAUGACAGCCCGGCGGCUCGCCCUAGGGGCUCGUCGGAGGCGCUGCGGGCUGGGAGGGCUCUGGGCAGCCCCAGGUGUGUCAGCGCGGAGCAUGUGAUCCCGGCCGCUCCCUCUGCAGGAAACAAAGCGGAGGAGGAAGCGGGAGUAGGACCAGUCGAGUCUGCUCCCUGGCCGGGUGGUGUCUCUGAGCAGCAGCCUUGCAGGAGCUGAUACCCAACUAUGCUUAUGUGUUUCGUACUGCUGUGUCAGCUGCCAAUAAUGUUUGCAUUUCCUCAUUGUGCAAGAAGAUUAAAGAAUGUGAAUCAUAAAGGGAAAGAAGUAUUCGCAUCAGAAAAAGAAGCCAAUUUGUUCCUGAAACGACAUCUUCUAAGUAACAGAUUUGAUUUUGAAGUAUUUACCCCUGGUGAUAUAGAAAGAGAAUGCUUUGAAGAACUGUGCAAUUAUGAGGAAGCAAGAGAAUUUUUUGUAGAUCCUGAUAAAACGAUGGAGUUCUGGAAAGAAUAUUCAAAAAAGGAUCCCAGUACAAAAAUCAACGGUGAGGGAUUACAGAAGAUUGAUGUUACUGGACUUCUGAUUGGCCUAGUUGCUGCUGGAGUGCUGGUGGUUUUAACUGGAUUACUACUUUACUAUUUUUGCAAAAGUAGAUGCAAAUCAAGGCAACCACCAGGAUACUCCAACUCUGUAAGGAGUAGAAGACGCCAUUCAUCUAUUGUCUUCAGAAGACAUGAAGAAGUAUCUUUAAAUCCACUUCCUCUAAGAACAGAUGAAUCGGGACUUCCAACUUAUGAACAAGCAGUGGCAGUUGAUGGAAGAUGUGAUGUUUCACCGCCACCAUACCCAGGGCCUGCAAAAGGAUUUAGGGUGUUUAAGAAGUCCAUGUCACUUCCUGCUUCCUAAGUACAAACCUGCUUCCUUUCUUCCUUGGAAGAUGAUGAUAUACAUUUGACAAAGUGCAAUAUCUUGCACACUGCUGAACAGUUCACAAAAAUGUGAAAACUUGCUGAUCCUCGGCAUAGGACUAAGUGAAACUUUCAUGCAGGGAAAGAAGCUAUCGUUUUGCAAAUAGUUUGUUUCAUGAUGAAGACUACUUGUUUGUACAGGUUUUUGGUGCUAGGAACUGAAUUUUGUAUAAAGAUACAAAUCUUAUAUUGGCCACUUGCAUUUAGGGCCAAGCCACUAAAUUAGUAAUAUGCCAUUAACAGGUUUGUUUGUUUGUUUCUUUAGAAGGAAAAAUAUUUUAAAUGUUGAAAAUGGUCUUUUAGAGAGACAAACAACUUAUUUUCUGGCUGCUCAAAAGUUAUACCACUGUGAAUAUAUUAAGUAUGCAAUAGAAAUUGGAUUCUUAGUUCUUGGUUUGGACGUAGGGUUAGCAUUUAGUUUUGGAAAAAAACUUUUUUAUUAAACUUUUUAGAACUUGCAUAGUAUGACUGCUGUUGCCAUUGAAGGACACUUCUACGCUGUCUUUGUGCUGCACCCAGGAAUGCCAUGAACAUUCCCAUUCGCUUGCUCCUUGUCUACAAGUGCCAAAUCAGAACCGAAGUAAUAUGCUAUGGGUGCUUUAAAUAGAGGGGCUAUGGGAGCUGCUCUAACUAAAGCACCACCCUCUUCCCCUGCCCAACACUCCCAGAGAAUGUGUAUAAAUGCCCAAUGUUUACAUGCCAAGAAUAUUGUACAGCUUUGGAGUAUGAUAGUUACCAGUCUGUAAGUCUAUGCUAUUUACAUGAUUUUUGUGCCAACGAAUAGAUGCCCAUUCACUUCUGCUGGGCAGUGCUUCUAGCCUCAAUACAGGUGCCUUUGCAAAUCUGGGGUUUGUUGAUUAGUUUAAAAAAAAAAAAGUGCAUAGAUCACAGGAAGCUCUGACUUGAAAGUAAAAAGCUCUCAGAAAGGAUGAUGAACCUUGGUCUAAGUUCAUCAUGAAUUCAGAGUGCCCCAAACAUUUUUUUUUUUGCAGGAGAGAAAAGGAGAGAUCAAAGGUUUGUAUACUACUUGGAUGCAUUUUUAAAAGCUGACCACCCUGCUGUAGUAUUGCUCAAUAUGAAGCCACUUUUGAUGCAAUGAGUGGAAAGUAGUGCUGCUCAUGGGUCAUGUGUUUCACUAUUACUAGAAAACAAAGUACCUUUUUAAAAGUAGCAGCUUGUGGAAAUUGACCAACCUGACAGUGGGUGGUUGGACCCAGAAAAGUGGUGCGCAAACAGGCUGGGGAUGAAACGGCUACAGGACCUUGUUCCUCCUUCUCCUGUCUCUCUCUCUCUCCGUCGACAGAAAACACCAAGGAGGCGAUGUAACAAAUAAAUGCUUUACUCACAGUUCAUGCAGGAAAAAAAAAACUUCUUGACAGCUGUUUCAAGAUUAAACUCGCUGAUGACUCGACAGCUCUAAACACGUUCGGAUGGUAUACUCGGUCAUGAUGGGGGCGUCUAGGGGGAAAGGAUUUCGUGGACGCAGGACCUCCGGUGAGGGUGAUCAGGCCUCUCCAAUAUGGCGCGGGUCCUCUGUUCCUUUUUGGGGCGCGCGCUUUCUUUUUUAAAUGGGCUGCAUCCGCCCGCCCCCUGCCAAUCAGCACGGGCCGGGACCGCCAAUCUCGCGGCUAUCAGGCCGCGCCCACCACUUCCCCCAUGCCACGAGCACAACUUGCUCUCAUGUUUGGCGUUUGGUCAUCAUUUUUUCUUUAUCACAAAAAUGUACUGUAUAUGUAUUUAAAGGAUCUGCAUUCAUGUAGAUGAUAAAAUUUGAAGAGACUCAAGCUGAUCAUUGGAUAUCAACUGAUGAUUGGUCUUUCAUUUGUAAUAUUACAGUUUUAAAACUACAAAAUAAAUAAUUUUCAUUAUAAAUAUA